UCCAACCUAGUCCGUUUUCAGCUGCCUAGUAUCAUUGAUUUUUUCAAGACGUAUAUCGAUACGCGCUUCUACACCGGCCACAAGUUGGAUUUCAAACAACAUAGUUGUGCCGGCGGCCCUUUAUCUGGUGGUGGUGGCGUCGUCGGCAAUACCAAUUCAAAUUCCCAUCAGGUACAUCACAUACAUCAGCCUCAUCUGCCCAACAGCAAUCCGUCUGCCCACAUAUCACCGCAUCAUUCCAUUUUACAUACGCAUCACGCCGGUACCGCUGCCGUUUCGCACGCAUCCGCCCAAUCGCACGUCGCCGCCGGCUUGCCACAUAGCGGCCUACCGCCUGUAGGGCAGCAACAGCCAGCCUCAGCGGCAACUGCUUCCCAACUACAAGCGGCACAUCAGCAGCAGCAACAACACCAGCCUUCGCAGACACAGAACCAGCACCAGUUGAUAACGCCGACUUCCGUCGGCUGUGCGACAAGCAACGGCAGCACCACUUCUGGCAGCGGCAGCAGCGCGAUCGGCUCCAAUUCCGUAUCCUCGCUAGUCAUAGGCAACGGUCCCGCUUCGGGUGGAAAUAACGUCCAUUCUAUUUCAUCAGCGGCUGCCUCCGUUUCAACGGCUUCUUCCUUACCUCACAUCGUUCCAACCAGUCUGGGACUAAGCCCGCAAUCGAGCGCUGAUUCCCAGCAGUUCAAUAUAUUCCCGGCUAUUUUUAGCCGACAACUCAACUUCACGACUGGAACUUGUGGUCAAAGUAAGCUCACAAUGGACGAACUGCGUCCAAAUUUGGUUGGCGGAUUGUUGGGCUUGCAGCAAGGCUUAUUGGAUGACCAUGCGGUCAAUAUGCAUAAUGCCGCUGCGUCGCAGGACACAAAGUUCAUGUCGUUUCAAGAUAAUCGCUUAAUGGGAAUUUCUUCAUCACAUGAAAACCGUCUGCUAGGUCUGACCUCCUCGAUGCAAGACACCCGCUCCUCACUUAACUCCAUUGACAAAGGUUCACUUAAUCAUCAGCGCAAAUGCAGCAGCACACCCGAGGAUUUUAGCUCAUUGUAUUCUGGUCUGCCUACACCUGGCAUGGACUCGUCUUCACAUCAUCAUACGCCCGCGCAUACGCCGCCUACGCGCCUUUCUGACCAUUCGAUAUCCGCGGAAGGUGCAUUUAAGAAGCUAAAGCCAGAACCUAAUACGGGCCUCUCGACGGCUUCCGGCAGCGUUACGUCGCCCGGAAACGGUUUAUCAUCGUUAAGUCAACAUGCCAGCCAUACACCGACCACAGCAUCCUGCCCGACGCCAGCGAGGCGAAGACAUCGGACGACGUUUACACAGGAGCAACUAGCCGAGUUGGAAGCCGCUUUUGCGAAGUCACAUUACCCGGAUAUUUACUGCAGAGAGGAAUUGGCACGAACGACGAAGCUUAACGAGGCGCGAAUACAAGUUUGGUUUCAAAAUCGUCGCGCUAAAUAUCGAAAACAAGAAAAGCAGCUGCAGAAAGCUUUGGCUCCAUCUGUGAUCCCCUCGUGCAACGGCAUGAUGAGAAAUAUACAAGGAUACAGUGUAUCACGUGGUUAUCAGCCGUAUCCACAUCACAACUCAAUAAAUCGAUAUCCGCAGGAUUUAUUCCAAAUGGGCGCUUCAUCUUACCCAGGUAUGACGCAACCGUUCUCAAUGACACAUGGCACAAAUAUGGGUUCUGUGGGCGUUCGUCAGGAUUCUAUGGAGUUCACAAUAGAAUCUAUCAUACCAGCGCCUGAAACUAUACUGCUUAGUUGCGCUCGCAGAUUACGCUCUGCUAUCACUAACGGUAGUGAACACGCUGUGUAA